AUGAGCCAACCAAUGAAUCUCAUGGGCGGGCCCACCCCCAAUUCCGGCACGCCAAAUAACGCGUCUAGUGGAGACCUAUCUCGCCAGAAGCUCAACACAUAUAUCUACGACUAUUUUCUUAAGUACGGCAACCACGAAGUCGCCCGCGUCAUCCUCAAGACUGUCGACCUCGACCUUGACCCGCACCAGAGUCCAGAUCGCAAAGACAUCAAUGGCGUAAGCGACUCGAUGGACACCGAUGUCAAGGACAACAACAAGAAGCCCGACGACCUUCCCUCGCCCAAUGUGCCAGCCGCUUCAGACGGCAGCUUCUUGUACGACUGGUGGCAUCAGUUCUGGGAGUGUUUCAACGCCCAACACGGUCGCGGCAACAACACACAGACUGCAAAGUAUCUGAGCAACGUCCAGGCCCGAAUGGCCAGCGAGCGACAGAGGCUGAUGCGCGUCGAUCCCCAGAUGCAAGCUAAUAUGGCCAUGCGCCCCGGUAUGGUCGGCCCCGGCAUGCCAGUGCCCCCUGACAUGGCUAAGAAGCUUGGCCUUCAACCAGGUCGCCAACCUACACAGCAGCAAGUGGUACAAAUGCAGCAGCAGAUGCGCAUGCAACAAAUGGCACAGCUGCAGCAGAACAUACAGAGGGAAGGCUCCACCAUGGAGCAAAGACCCACCUCUCCUGGCGGCGGCGAUGCUGCCCCGUCACCCAAGCGUCAACGACUGGACGGCAACUUCAACGGCGCCAUGGGCCCAAUGGGACGUGGUCAGCCCCCGGGCAUGCCCGGACAACAGAUGGCCAAUCCCCAGGCAAAAGCCAGGCAACAGGUAUAUGCCAACUCCAUGCGCCAGCAUAUGCAAUCCGCCAUGGAUUCUAACGUGGACAAGGGGUUGAUGCCUAACGGAGCUCCUCAGAUGCCGCAGGAUCCCAAUUCGGCCGAAUUUUUCAGCACCCAGAUGCGCCCCAUGCCAGGUCAGCAGGCACCGCCCAACAACAACAGCAACCAUGCCCUACAGGACUACCAGAUGCAGUUGAUGCUGUUAGAACAGCAGAACAAGAAACGCCUGCUGAUGGCUCGCCAAGAACAAGACAACAUGACCAACGGACCCAACGGACCCAACGGCCCCGUGCCUGCUUCCGGCCAGCCCCAAAACUUCGCCCCGGCCAUGUCGCCCUCCAACAGCAGGGCUGGCCCUUCUCCAGGCCCCAACGAGCAGAUGCGACGCGGCACCCCCAAGAUGGCUCCCGGUGUCGUCCCCUCUCCAACUGCCGACGGCGGCAUGCCCGGUCGCGCAUCUCCCGCUCCGGGUCAGUUCGACCCCAACAACCCCAUGAACCCGGCCAUGUUCCCCAUGGCCAUGAUGAAAGGUCCCAAUGGCCAGAUGAUGCAGCCUCCUAGCUCGCAUCCUGCCUUUGCCCAGAUGAACCAGCAACAACAGAUGGACAUGUUCCGCCAGGCUCAAGCGCGUAACGGUCAGGCACAGAUGGCCAAUGGCUUUAUGCCUCAACCAGGUCCUAUGAUGGGAGGCCAACCCCCACCUCAACCACCCAACAUGACGCCCCAGCAGCGCAACGCAGCCAUGCCUCCCCCGCCUGCUCCUGGUAACGAUGGUCCAAGAGCUGGCACCGGCCCCUCAUCCCCCUCGCAGAAUCAAGCUCCACCCACGCCUUCGCAGGCGAACAAGCCCAAUGCCAAGUCCAAAAAGGAUUCCUCGAAGGGCGGAAACAAGAAGGGAACGACCGGCGCUACUCCUCAAGAGUCAACAGAACAACCUCCAACUCCGACUCCAGCACCACCAAUUACUCCCCAGCCCACAUCAGCUUUCCCCCCGAAGCCGGGUCAGCCUCAGAACCAACAGCAACCAUCGAACGCGCAACCCGGUAUGCCUGGCCAGCAGAAUCCGGGUGGUGACAUGUCCAAUAUUGGAGCUCCUUUCGGCAACAUGGACGACAACUUUGGAAGCAUCAGCGGAAUCGAUUUCGGCGAAAUGGGCGGCCCAGAUGUGCUGGACAACUUCGAUUUCGACUCCUUCCUCACAACUGACGGCGGCGCCGAUGGCUUCAGUUUUGACCCAAGCGGCAUGAAUUUUGGCACUGACGGCGGACUUGAAGCAGGUGGGGAUCUUUGA